UUUAGCUCACAAUUUUUUCGUCACAGAGAGAAGGAACUGAUUAAUGAUGAAAUGGAUGAAUGUGAAAUAGCCAAAAAUGAAAAAUACGAAAGAGCGAGCGCGAGCAAAACUGCGACUGCCUUUUUAAAAAAAGUAGUUGUCUCAUCAACGGAUUCAAGUGAUUCUGACGAGCUGAAUGAGUACAUGAAGAAAUGGAGAAAUGGUCGAAAGAAGGUUUAUAAAGAAGUGGCAGACGACAGCCUGUCAGCUUUUAUCACAGACGAUGAUAGUGACGGUGAAGUGAUUGCGUAUAAUUUACCUCCACUCAGUGAACGAAUUACGACGACUCGAGCGCCCCUCAUCAAUCGUAGAGAAUAUGCUAAGAGUGUCAGUGAAUUUUUGAGCGGCAAACCCAACGAUUCGAAAACGCCAUCCGGAAGUAUCGAAGUAAGGAGAGCUCCCGCAGAACAGAUAUAUGAUUUGCCAGAUAGCGAUUCUUCGACUCCACCUUGCGCACGAAACUUCAAGACAGGGGAUGUUAGCGUUAUUGUUUUGUCUGACUCUGAUGACAGCGACAACGAAUUGAACCACAUAACUCCGAAGCUUCCGCAUUCGAUGCCGAAUAAUUCUAUCAAGACUCCGACAACACCAUUCCCGAGCAAGGAAACUUCUAAGCACCCAAAGUCCCACGUUCCAAAAAAAUUCGCGAUCGCUGAGCACGAAAGUCACACGUUAUCUUUCAUUGCAUCAUUUUCAUUGGCAGCUGACGCAAGUACUACGAGGUGUCAUCCAGAUGCUCUUGUUUACAUGAAAAAUUUUAGCAAAAAUCGACAAGAACUGACCGAACGACUCUAUAAGUUGUUUAACUGCAAAAUUUUUGAGAAUAAAUUGCCUGAUAGUAUGGCUAUCACCUGGAAUGUCAAGAUGACGAAAACUGCUGGAAUUUGUUACAACGAAGUCGAUCGCUCGAAGGCGAGCGGUCGCAACGCAAGAGUUGAGCUUUCGACAAAAGUCGUGGACUGCCCGGCGAGACUGAGAGACACUCUGGUGCAUGAGCUCUGCCAUGCUGCUGCAUGGCUCGUGUCUGGGUACAAAAGUGGACACGGGCCCGUGUGGCAAGAUUGGGUGAGUAGAGCCACUGGCGUGUUCCCAGAGUUGCCAAGCAUCGGUCGGUGUCACAACUACGAGAUUGCCUGCAAGUACCAGUACAAGUGUAUCAAAUGUGGUUUCAGCAUUGGACGGCAUUCGAAGAGUCUUGACACGGAACGUAAAGUGUGCGGCCGUUGCCUUGGACGCUUCGAGUUGCUCGCUAUGUCCGCCAGGAAGCCGACGUCUGCGACCACGGCGAGCCAGCCAGCCGCGCUCAGGACACCCAGAACGCCCGCGCCUUUCGCUAUUUUCGUCAAGAAAAAUUACGGCAGCGUUAAGAAGAAUUCUCAGGACCUAAAACAUGCUGAUGCUAUGAGAAUAUUAGGGGAGAAGUUCAAAGAGAUGAAAACGGUUUAAAGUUGCGACUAAAGACCUGCAAAAAUUGCUGUA